CUCGCCAUGCUGCGUCUCGGAUUCGUCCUUGCCAGCCUCGCUCUGUCCGCCUUCGGCCAGGGCACGGUCAACACCACCGUCGACCUCGGAUACGCGACCUAUCUCGGGAACCAGACCAUGUCAAACGUCGUCGCCUACCUCGGCGUCCCAUACGCGGAGCCCCCCGUGGGCAAUUCGCGCUUCCGCGCGCCCGCUGCGCUCAACACGAGCAGGAUCGCUGCCGAGGCGGGCGGAAAGGUUGUCAAUGUGCAGAACUACCCAGAUUUCUGCGUCCAGGGUGCUUGGGGACUCGGUGACCGCGGAGGAGCUGGGAGCGAGGACUGUUUGAAGGUUAACAUAUGGACACCUGCUGGAGCGAAGGAGGGCGAUAACCUUCCUGUUCUUGUCUACAUCCACGGCGGAGCCUACCUCUUUGGCAACCCCGCUGCAUACCCAUUUGACCCCUGGGUGCAACAGUCCCCGAACGUGAUCAUCGCCUCCAUCUACUACCGGCUCGACUCCCUCGGCUUCCUCGCAUCCCCCGCCUGGACAUCAGACAGCACGCUCGGCGACUUCAACGCGGGCUUCCUCGACCAGGUCGAAUCGCUCAAGUGGAUCCAGCGGUACAUCUCCAAGUUCGGCGGCGACCCCUCCCGGGUGACGAUCAACGGCGAGAGCGCGGGCGCGAGCUCGGUCGAGCUGCACAUGACGAGCACGGUCAGCAGGGGCCUGUUCCAGCAGGUGAUCGCGCAGAGCGUGUAUCGGACGCCUCUGCCGACGCUCGCGCAGCAGGAGCCCUUGUUCGACUUCUAUGCGCAACAGGCCGGGUGCGGCACCGGCUCCGCCGCCGACGUGAUGACGUGCCUGCGCGCGGUCGACGUCAGCGCUCUCGCUGGCGCGCAAGACGCAGCUUCCAUCAACCACUUCAACGGCAGCAAAUACACCGCAUGGAGGCCUGUUCUCGACGGCAAGAUCUUCGCAGACUACCCCACUGCCGUCCUUCAAUCCGGUGCCGCCGCCCGCGUGUCUGUCAUCGCAGGAGCGACAUCAAACGAAACGCUCGCGGCAGGCGCCACCAUCCAGCAGGGCCUCCGGGCCUACUUCCCGCAGCUCACCGACGGCGGAGCCAGCGCCGUCGCCGCGGCUUAUCCGGACGGCGACGUGACCGACGCUACGGGCGACGCGUCUCUCCGAUGCGGGCGCGAGGCACUCGCAGGUUUCUCCGCGCAAAAGAAUAAAGCCUGGACGUAUAGGUACAACCAGCCCAUCCCUGGAACACCUAACAACUCCGUCAACCACGCCGCCGAGAACUGGAUGCUCUUCCAGGGCAGCAGCCCUUCGUUCAAUGGCUCCCUCUCGUUCACCCCGCAAACCCCCGUCGAGUUGACAUUCACAUCCGAAGUCAUCGCAUACUGGCUCUCCUUCGUCCGGUCUGGGGACCCGAACACUUACAAACUCGCCAUGUCCCCGGCGUGGGACGCGUGGACGGCCGACGCGCCCGUGCGCGUCGUGCUGCAGCAGGACCAGAGCAAUAGUACGACGGUAUCCGGGAGCUAUAUGGAGCCGCAGCCCGAUGUGGAGACGAAGGGGUGUCAAGUUGAUUUCGGGCAGGUGGAGGAUCAGCAGAACUGA